AUGCCGAUAUCGCAUGCAACGACGGACUCGGUCGAGCUGGAAGUCCUGGAAAUUCGGCACGAUUCCAGCGAGGACGAUGCCGACGAGGCAGCGGCCGCUCUUGGCGGGCGGCGCAAGCACCCGCAGGCUUGUCGCCGCCAGCAACCCCCGACCGGUGGCGCCGCCGGCGCAACGGGUGCCGAGUGUCGCCCCGCGUCACCCCCGAAGCGGAAGCGGUUCCGACGCAAUCGCACCAGCGGCCGGCGGAAGUCGAACUCCCAGAGCUGCGGCAGUCUGUACAAUCUGGCGGCGACACGUCCGCUGCACGCCCAGCGCUCGGAACCGAACGUCAACUUCUACUCAAGCCCCGGUGAGCAGCCGUACGAGGCGACGAUCGACGUAAACUUCCACGUCCAGGACAGCUCCAACACGCUGGACGAUGCGCCGGUGCUGGAGAGCUGCGAGAGUCUCGGCCGAUCGCGGAGCGGCCGAACUCGGUGCAGUUCCGCGGGCACCGGUCACCGCCUGCUGAUGGGUUGCUCCUCCACGGGCGCAGAAAUUGGUGUUGGUGGUGGUGCUUGUGGUGGUGGUCGUGGGAUUGAUACCGUCCACUGUGACGACGAGGAUGACGAAGCGGGACGUCGACGCCACGACGGCUCCGGAGAUGAAGACCGCAGAGGGCACCACCGUAUGCUGGGUGCCGAUGCCACCCACCUUCCGGCGCACGGUUUCCGGGCGUCGAUUGUCUCCAUGCUCGGCCGGCUGGGCAUGUGGAACACCGGCAAGGCGGCGAAGGGAGCCGGCCAGCCGUCGGCACCGAUGGCUCGCAGCGAGACCAAGUCGUCCUUCGAUCGCGGUCAAUCUUACAUAUCGAACGGAGCCACCCGACUGCGAUCGAUUUUCGGCGAAAAUGAACGACGAAUACGAGCCAACGAUAGAGAAUAUAAUACACAGUUUAAAUACGCUAAUAACUUCAUCAAAACGUCCAAAUAUUCGAUAUUAACAUUUCUGCCUUUGAACCUGCUGGAGCAGUUCCAACGUCUUGCCAACUUUUACUUUCUCUGUCUGCUGAUCCUCCAACUGAUACCGGCGAUCUCGUCGCUGACACCGGUCACCACCGCGAUCCCGCUGAUCGGUGUACUGAUGCUAACUGCCAUCAAGGAUGCCUACGAUGAUUUCCAACGACACAUGUCCGAUUCGCAAGUUAACAACCGGCGCUCGAAAGCGCUCCGCCACGGCAAGCUGGUGGACGAGCGGUGGUCCGGGGUGCAGGUCGGCGACAUCAUCCGGAUGGACAACGAUCAGUUCGUGGCGGCCGACAUCCUGCUGCUGUCGUCGAGCGAACCGAACGGGCUCUGCUUCAUCGAGACGGCCGAGCUGGACGGGGAGACGAACCUCAAAUGCAAACAGUGCCUACCGGAGACGGCCGCCAUGGGCCAACAGGAGGACCUGUUGUGGAAGUUCAACGGCGAGAUCGUGUGCGAGCCGCCCAACAACCUGCUGAACAAGUUCGAGGGCACGCUGACGUGGAAGAACCAGCGCUACCCGCUCGACAACGACAAGAUCCUGCUGCGGGGCUGCAUCAUCCGCAACACGCAGUGGUGCUACGGGGUCGUCAUAUUCGCCGGCAAGGACACCAAGCUGAUGCAGAACUCGGGCAAGACCAAAUUCAAACGGACGACCAUCGAUAGGCUAUUAAAUUUUAUAAUCAUAGGAAUAGUAUUCUUUCUGUUAUCGAUAUGCGGGUUCUGCACGAUUGCGUCCUCAAUAUGGGAAGCGUUUUUAGGAUAUAAAUUUCAAAUUUAUCUGCCAUGGGAAAGGAUAAUCCCCAAGGAUUACCUGCAAGGUGCAAUCAGUAUCGGAUGUCUAGUCUUUUUUUCCUACGCAAUCGUACUGAACACUGUGGUGCCAAUAUCUUUAUACGUGUCGGUAGAGGUGAUACGGUUCGCGCAAUCCUUCCUCAUCAACUGGGACGAAAAGAUGUACUACGAAAAGUCGAAAACCCAUGCCAAAGCACGGACGACCACGCUGAACGAGGAGCUGGGCCAGAUUCAGUACAUUUUCUCGGACAAAACGGGAACACUGACGCAGAACAUUAUGACCUUCAACAAGUGCAGCAUUGCCGGUCGUGCCUACGGCGACGUGGUGGAUGUGCGAACCGGAGAAACGGUCGACCUGUCCGAGCCGCCAUUCAACAGUAACACGUCGCUUUUGUUAAACGCUGAAGAGCCACCAGGUCGCAGCACACCACAGCCAACAACCACCGCCGAACCAGUUCAGAUUGCAAGCCCCUCAAACAAACAGCAUCCACCUUCACUACAUGUUAGAUUCAGUCAGCACAGUAAUAGCCAAGAAACGCAGACGUCCAUAUCCACUAAGCAAGACACACAAGCCUAUAUCCCGGCGCAGCCGACCACCGACGUACCACCAAGUGGGAACAAUACGCAAGGACUGCAUGUUUCCUCAUACAGCGUGGUUACGGAGUCGGUAGACUUUUCCUUCAACCCGGAGUACGAACCCGACUUCCGGUGGUACGAUCAGGGGCUACUGGACGCGGUCCGGGCGGACGAGCAGCAUGCGCAUAACUUUUUCCGUUUACUAGCUCUGUGCCACACGGUGAUGGCGGAGGAUAAAAAUGGCAAGCUAGACUAUCAAGCACAAAGUCCUGACGAGGCGGCCCUCGUGUCGGCGGCCCGGAAUUUUGGAUUUGUUUUUAAAUCUCGAGCACCAAACAGUAUAACAAUAGAGGUCAUGGGACGGAUGGAGGAGUAUGAGCUGUUGAGUAUAUUAGAUUUUAAUAAUGUUAGAAAGCGAAUGUCCGUGGUUUUGCGCCGCAACAACUCCAUUAUUCUGUACUGCAAGGGCGCCGACAGUGUGAUAUAUGAUCGGCUGGGGCCGAACCAGCACGACCUGAAGGCUCGCACCCAGGAACACCUGAAUAAAUUCGCUGGCGAAGGCCUACGGACGCUAGUCCUUGCCGAGCGGAGGCUAUCGAAGGAGUUCUACGAGUCGUGGCUGGUGCGCCAGAGAGAAGCUGCCUUAUCUUUAGACGGUAGAGAGGACAAGCUGGGGGCGAUAUACGAGGAGAUCGAAUGUGAUAUGCAGCUGGUCGGCGUGACCGCUAUAGAGGAUAAGCUGCAGGAUGGUGUGCCGCAAACGAUAGCGAACCUCCAGCUGGCGGGCAUCAAGAUAUGGGUUCUGACGGGCGAUAAGCAAGAAACGGCAAUAAACAUAGGAUACUCCUGCCAGCUACUAACGGACGACAUGGUGGACGUGUUUGUGAUCGACGGCAUCACGAAGUCGGAAGUGGAACAGCAACUGCGGAAGUACAUGGACUCGCUGCGGAUUGUCAACACCUACCACCCGGCGAAUGUCCAAAAGGGGAGCACUGUGCACGCGCAAACGGUCGCCAGCAGUGACACGAGCGCCGUGACCGCAAACGGUGCCCACAGCAGCAGCUCCGGGCCGAUGGUGGACAUACAGAAUACCUCGCCCCCCUCGGUUUCGGUGGUGACGUUUAGGUGGGAUAAUAGACAUAAAUAUACAAGUAUAGGAGGAAGCGAGGAGGCACCGGACAGCGUAAACUGUAGCAACUACUCCGAAGGGUUCGAGAAGGGCGAACCGACGCUCACCGAGUUGGACGAGAACACCGGCGUGGCCCUGGUCAUCAACGGCCACUCGUUGGUGCACUGUCUGACGUCGGAGCUGGAGAGUAAGUUCCUGGAAAUUGCUUCCCACUGCAAAUCGGUCAUCUGCUGCCGCGUGACACCCCUCCAGAAAGCGAUGGUCGUGGAGCUGAUCAAACGGGCCAAGAACGCGGUCACACUAGCGAUCGGUGACGGUGCCAACGAUGUGUCGAUGAUCAAAGCGGCGCACAUCGGCGUAGGAAUCUCGGGCCAGGAGGGCAUGCAGGCCGUCCUGGCCAGCGACUACUCUAUCGCCCAGUUCAAGUUUCUCGAAAGACUGCUGCUGGUGCACGGCCGCUGGUCGUACUAUCGGAUGUGUAAAUUUUUGCGCUACUUUUUCUACAAAAACUUCGCAUUCACGUUGUGCCACUUUUGGUAUGCCUUUUUUUGCGGCUUCAGUGCUCAAACCGUUUUCGAUCCGAUGUUUAUAUCCGUGUACAAUCUAUUCUACACCUCGCUCCCGGUGCUGGCGUUGGGUAUCUUCGAGCAGGACGUGUCGGACAAGAACAGUGUCGAGUAUCCGAAGCUCUACACACCCGGCAUCACCAACGCACUCUUCAACACGACCGAGUUCAUCCGCAGCGUCCUGCACGGUAUCUUCAGCUCGCUGAUACUGUUCCUCAUUCCGUACGGCACGUACAAGGACGGCAUUUCUCCGGAUGGGUACGUUCUGAACGACCACAUGUUACUCGGUUCGGUAGUGGCCACGAUACUGAUUCUCGAUAAUACUGCGCAGAUCGCACUCGAUACGUCGUACUGGACCGUGUUCAAUCACAUCAUGAUCUGGGGCAGUCUGCUGUGGUACUUCUUUCUCGACUACUUCUACAACUACGUGAUCGGUGGCCCGUAUGUCGGAUCACUAACGCAAGCCAUGAAGGAAGCCACCUUCUGGUUCACUACCGUCCUAACGGUCAUUGUCCUGAUGAUACCGGUACUGGCCUCGCGGUUCUACUUCGUCGACGUGUUCCCCAGCUUACCGGACAAGAUUCGUGCCCAGCAGCGACUGGCUUUGCUGCGUUCUCGUCAAAGUAGUGACGUGUUGCGUACUCCAUCGGCUCGUAAAGCCCGCCGAUCACUCCGUUCCGGCUACGCGUUUGCGCAUCAGGAAGGAUUCGGGCGGCUCAUUACGUCCGGCAAAAUUAUGCGCAAGCUGCCCCAGGACUUUGCCUUUCCGCUCGGAUUGGGCAGCAAAAAGCAACAAUCAACUGAAUCGACCAAAAACAAUAACAAUAACGUUAACAACAGUAAUGCCAAUAAUGUUAACAACACAAACAACGGUGGCGGCUUGGCAGGAAGCAUCGCCACCGGCGGGAGCGUAACGACUGCAACGGCGGCGACCGGCACCACGCUGACGGCGAUGGCUUCGGCCGUUAACGGUAAUCAAAUAGUGAAUCUCCCGGGUAGCUCUAACAGCGAUCACAGUCCGAGGGCCCCGUGCCAGGACCUGGACACGAUCAACCUGUAAGCGAGCAGCAGCGAGCAGCUCCACACCACUGUACCUGCUAAGAAGAUUCUUCACACGGAAUUCG